UGAAGACAAUACAAAAUAAGGCAGUGUUUCAAAACGUUUAUGAUUUAUCUUUCAGCAUGAGUUUCAAUAAUAAAGUAGUGUUGGUGACCGGAGCCAGCUCUGGUAUCGGAGCUGCUGCGGCGGAGGCGUUCAGUUCAGAGGGAGCUCAGGUUGUGAUGGUUGGACGUAACGAGACCAAGCUGUCGGCCGUGGCUGCGAAAUGCAACAAACCUUUCGUCAUACGAGCUGAUGUCGCUAACGAUGAUGACGCGAGAAGAAUUAUCGAUGAAACCAUAAAAAAAUUCGGUAAACUAGACGUCCUGGUGAAUAACGCGGGCAUGGGUAGCAACACAGCUACUCUUCUCGAAGGGGACAUCAUGAAAGAUUACGAUAACUUAAUGAGUGUCAAUCUGAGAGCAGUGGUCCAUCUGACGAAGCUGGCUGCACCGCAUUUGAUAAAGACAAAAGGUAACAUCGUCAAUAUAUCAAGCAUUGCUGGAACCUUGACUCCAGUUAUACCCACUACUAUAAUCUACUACGUGACUAAAGCCGGCUUGAACCAUUUCUCUGCAUGUGCAGCUUUGGAAUUGGGUCGUGAAGGUGUCCGGGUGAACACUGUCAGUCCAGGCCCAGUCCAGACAGAUUUUUUUACCAAUUCCAAAUACGAGCUGCAACAUUCUUUUAUUAAAAAAAAUACUAUUCUUAAUCGCAUAUCCGAAUCGGAGGAAAUAGCGGACUUGGUUUUAUUCCUGGCUAGCGACAAAGCCAAAGGAAUUACUGCUUCUAACUUCGUGAGCGACAAUGGAGCCAUCGCUUGUCGUAAUUAGAUUUUAAUUUCUAUAUUCCGGUAACGAAUAUUUUUCACAUUGUUCUUUUUCCUUAAACAUUAUUCAGUUUUGUUGUAUUUUAUCAUAUAUGUACUAUUUUCAUAAGGGAUUUUUAAUAAAAAUUCAUUUUUCAAAC